AUGGGCACGAACCCGUACUUCACCAACUCCUUGGCGGACCUGACGCAGAGCUUGCAGCUGGACCCAAAGUAUGUCAAGGCGUGGGCGCGGAAGGGCCAGCUGCAUGCCAUGGCCUCGGAGGCCGGGCGUGGCUUGAGCUCCCGGCUGGAGCUUCCCGCGGCUUUUGAAGCCGAGUCGCUCCCGGCCGCCCUGGCGGCCUACGACCGCGGCCUGGCGCUGGACCCCGCCCGCCGGGGCGCUCCACGGCCGGAGAAAGUCAAGGCGAAGGGCAAGGCCUUGGAGCAACAGGAGAAGCAGCGUGAGGAUGCCGAGUUUCCCAUCGAAGAGCUGGCGAAGAAGUACAAGACCUCAGCCGAGAAGGGCCUCUCCACCAAGAAAGCCGCAGAGAUUCUGGAACGAGAUGGCUUGAAUGAACUGGAGAAGCCACCCAAGCCCACCCUGCUGAUGCUCUUCCUGAUGCAGCUCACUAGCUUCAUCAUCGUGCUGCUCAUGGUCUCCGCGGCCGCCUCGGUGAUGGUGAACGCCACCGGGCCCAACGCAGCGGACCCCUUGUCCUACACCACAGGCGGCAUAAUCGUGCUGAUCAACGCGGGCAUCGCCGCCUGGACGGAGCACAAAGCCGGGGAUGCCCUCGAAGCGCUCGCUAAGAUGACCCAGGCUGCCAUCUACGUGCUCCGGGAUGGCAAGGAGGUGCAAGUGCCCGUGCCCAGCGUGGUGUGCGGGGACAUCGUGGUGCUGAAUACGGGGGAUGUAGUUCCCGCGGACCUGCGCCUCUUCGAGGCUAAGGACUUCAAGGUCAGCGAGAUGGCCCUCACAGGGGAGCCCGACGACGUGACCAAGACCGCCAGGGUGAAGGCCAAGAAGGAGGGCCAGCCUGAGAAGCUCACCCCCGAGACCAUGGCCUUCUCCGGGUGCUCGGUCACCAGCGGCGUGGGCAAGGGUUUGGUCACCGACACCGGCAUGAACACCCGCAUCGGACGCAUUGCGAAGCUGAUCUCCGGUGAUGAAGGGCCGAAGACGACUUGCUUCUGCUUCCCGGAUACUUCGGGCAACCAGACGCCCCUGCAGCAGAACCUGAACAAGUUAGGCGCCCGCAUCGGCAUCCUGGCCAUUGUGAUUUGUGUGGGUAUCUUCAUCAUCGGCUGGGCCACGGACCGGAGGGACCCCACCAGCCAGGAAAGCGCAGCCUGGCUCUACAUGAUCCUUGUCUCGGUGACCUUGGCCGUGGCGGCCAUUCCCGAGGGCAUCCCGCUCUGCGUCACCAUCUCACUGUCGCUCGGCUGCUCCGUCCACCAGGAGGUGUUGGUCCGCAAGAUCGCGGCGGUGGAGACGCUGGGCUCGGCCUCGGUGAUCUGUAGCGACAAGACGGGCACGUUGACCGAAGGAAAGAUGACCAUGGUGGGCAUGUACGCUGCUGGGGUCACCUACGACGUCACCGGCAAGGGCUUCGACCCAGAGGUGGGCCAAGUGCAACGCCUCAGCAGCAACAGCAACGGGGGCCAAGAUCUGGGCGUGAAGAGCAACCUGCUGGCAGCCAUUUUGUGCUGCAACACGACCCUCUCAAAAGAGAAGGACGACGAUGGAGUCAUGAAGUGGACCCCCAAGGGGAACUCUUCAGAAGCUCCCAUCGUGGUUGCAGCGAGGAAGGUGGGUCUCUCGGAGACGAUUGCAAGCGAAUACCCCCGAGUGCUCGAAGUCCCUUUCUCUUCCUCGCGGAAGAUGAUGCUCACGGUGUCCAAGGUGAAGGGCUCCGAGCUGUGCCCGGGCGCCAUGGCGCUGGAGUCAGGAACCAAGUACCUGACGGUCUGCAAAGGCGCGCCGAAUUACAUCAUCGACCUCUGCGCUGAGCAGCUGAAGGAAGACGGCAGCGUGGCCAAGUUGACGGAGGCCGACAAGAAGUCGAUUUUGCAGAUUGUGGAUGGCUACUCCGAGCGCGCCCUGCGAGUACUGGCCAUCGCUGCGCGGCCCAUGAAGAACCUGCCGUACGACGAGAACAACGAGGAUGUCACCACGGACCAGAAGUUCGAGGCCUGCCGCAAGCAGUUGCGCCUCAUCGGCCUGGUUGCCUCCAUUGAUCCGGAGCGCGACGGGGUGCCGCAGUCCGUGUUGGCGGCCCGCGGCGCGGGCAUCCGCGUGGUGAUGAUCACCGGGGACUACCUGUUGACGGCCAUCGCCAUCGCCAAGAACGUGAACAUCCUGCAGCCCACGGACGACGAGGAGACCUGCGCCAUGGACUGCGCCAAGCUGCGGCCGGACGGGGAGUACCUCAGCGACGCCGAGAUGGACCUGCUCACCGGCAGCGUGCGCGUCUUCGCCCGGGCCAAGCCAGAGGAGUUUGGAGGGAUGUGGGCGUUGGACAAGCUGGAGAUUGUGAAGAGUAUCCAGCGCCAAGGCCAAGUUGCGGCCAUGACGGGUGACGGCGUGAACGACGCGCCAGCGCUGAACCAGGCGGACAUCGGAGUGGCCAUGGGCAUCCAGGGCACGGAGGUGGCCAAGGGAGCCUCAGACAUGAUCCUCACAGAUGACAACUUCUGCUCGAUCGUGGCUGCGGUGGAGAAGGGUCGCGCCAUUUAUGCGGGCAUCCAGAAGUUUGUGGCCUUCAUCAUGUCCGUGCACAUCGCGGAGGUGAUGCAGAUCUUUAUUUGCAUCGUGGUGGGCAUCCCCGUGAUGCGCUCGCCCCUGCAGAUCCUGUUCCUGAUCCUGGUCACCGACCUGCCGCCGUCCAUCGCGCUGGGUAUGGAGCCAGGCGAGUCCAACAUCUUGAAGAUGAAGCCUCGACCCAAGGACGCGCCCAUCGUGCUCAUGUGGAUGUGGCUGUCCAUGGUCAUGAACGGCAUGGUGCUCACGGUGGUGAUUGUGGGCGUCUACUUGGUUGCUUUGAUGAACUUCUGCGAUGGCCAGAUCCUGCAGAAGGACAUCUACGAGCUCGGCCCAGAUUUCCAGAGGAGGCUGAGCUGUGCGCAGACUGUGGCCUUCAUUUCUCUGGUUUGGUCCGAGAACAUCCGCGCCUACAUCAGCCGCUCCUUUACGCGCCCCAUGUGGCACGACAUCUUGGGGAACCCCAGCAUGCAGAAGGCCAUUGUCAUGGCGCAGGUUUGCCUCUACGUCGCGGUGCUGGUGCCGUACCUCUCGGACCGGAUCUUGGGCCUGCGGGGGCUGGAGAUUGGCGUCUUCGGUUGGGCGCUGGCGCUGGCAGGGCCGGUGGGGUGCUUCGUCCUUAGCGAGUCCUGCAAGCUGAUCAGUGCUUACCAGGCCCGCAAGUACCAGGACUCGCUGGCGAUGGACGAUUCCAAGCCACAACUCCCGCUGACUGCCAGGAAGGCCGCCGCGCUGUCGAAAGCGCCGGCCGUGGAGCAGAAAACGAAGAAGAUGCUUUGCUGCAUGCCGGGCCGCUGCGCAUGGCUGUGA